GAGAGCAGGCGUGUCCGCCCGCCAUGCUCCGGGGAUUACAGGAGCAAACCUAUUUAAAGUUGUGCCGCUGCGCGCCCAGGAUCCUCCCCAGCUGAGUGCAGGACGUGCAGGACGAGACCGCGCUGGAGCGUUAGUUAAUGUUAGUUACUGCGGGCAGCGGCGAGGAGGGCGCACCAAGAGUGACCAGGGGCGUUAAUGCCGCAACAUUAUCCACCAGAUCUUCUCCACUCACCUAUCUCCACGUUUAACCCACCAGAGAGUUCAGCCAUGGGUGUGAAGAUGCUGCAGUGCUUUCCCUUCUACAGACGCUGUAAAGACCGCUGCAAGAGCAGGGAGUGUACUCCAUCAACAAUUCCCAUCGAGGAGAUGAAGCCACGUCUGUCCUCUGCGACGUCCUGGAGCAGCGACAGCGAGGGGGCCGGGGGCCUCAGCCGGGGCUCCCAGAUCUACUUCUCCACCAAGGCCAGGCUGUCUUUCAGACACCAGCUGGACAGCAACAUCAACGCAGUGGACGCCACCUACUGAAGGGCAGUAGAAGGACAAACGGACUCCAUGGCAUAUUCCCGCUCCGAGCCUGCGGUGCCGAGCCGGGAACCUGCCAACCUCACAGGAAAACAACAGUCUCAGUUGGCAGAUCUGAUAUUUUGCGGUUCACUGGGCGCACAGGACUCUAAUCAGACUGAGGGAGGAGAGGACAGUGGACUGACUGGAUCCACUUCCCAAACUGAUGUACUGAUGAAAGGGGCGAGAAGUAGUUGUUUACAGCAUUCACUACCAACAAGUGCAUUCUUUUGCGGAAAUUGUGCUUUGUUUUCUUUUUACUACAUUUGUUAAAGGAAACUAACAAGUUUUCAGUUUUCUGAUGGCGGCUAGUUAACUAGAGCUGGUUCAUGGAAAUGAUUCCCUUCAUCCUGGCACUGUUGUAUUUAUCUAAAAUUCAUCAAUAACACCAUCAUGAGUAACAGUAAUUUUUUCUAAACUAAAAAUUGACUUUCUUUUCCUUGUCUGAAUUAAAUUUCUAUAAAUGCAUGCUGAGAGCAACAGACUAAUAAACAGAGAGUUACUUGCUUUUAUUUUAUUUUUCUUGCAUUCAAGGUUACAUUGAUCUAAUGUAGAUGACGAGAUGAAGAUUCACAGAUGCUACUCUGCUAUCACAGAUGCACAGGAAAUUUAAUUGUUAGUCAUGUUUGACUGCAACAUUUUCAUAAUUCAAAGUCCUGCUCGUGGAUUUGAUGAUGUGAGAAUCUAAGUGGUGAUCAAUACUCAUCUCAUCCUCCUAUUAGGAUCUACAGUUUGUCAGAAACUUUCAUUCUUACUUACAUCCUUUUGUAUUGAAAUGUUCAGUGUGCUUUAUUAAAAGUGAGUAUGUUUUGCAGCGAAGAAA